AUGGUUGUUGCUCUUUCACUUUUAGAACUGGGUCUCCCAAGAAGAGGAUGCUGCCUGGUGCUGGGGUUCAUGUACAAGGAGAAGUAUCGGAGAAUGACUGAAGGCCAAGCAUCUUCCUUUACGCAGCAGCCUCAAGAUCAGGUGGUGAUAGCCGGACAGCCCGUGACUCUGCUGUGUGCAAUCCCUGAGUACAAUGGCAUUGUGCUGUGGAUUAAAGAUGGACUCGCCCUAGGAGUAGGCCGGGAUCUCUCAAGCUAUCCGCGCUAUUUGGUUGUGGGGGACCAUUUGUCGGGAGAACACCACCUGAAAAUCCUGAGGGCAGAUCUCCAAGAUGAUGCCGUUUACGAGUGCCAGGCCAUUCAGGCGGCCAUCCGAUCCAGACCAGCCCGGCUGACUGUACUUGUUCCUCCAGAUGACCCAGUAAUUACUGGGGGCCCGGUCAUUAGCCUGAGAGCUGGGGAUCCCCUGAACCUGACCUGCCAUGCCGACAAUGCCAAACCAGCAGCCUCCAUCAUCUGGAUGCGGAAUGGAGAAGUGAUAAACGGAGCCACCUACUCCAAGACGCUUCUCCGAGAUGGCAAGAGGGAGAGCAUCGUGAGCACUCUUUUUAUCGGCCCCUCCGACAUCGAGAAUGGGCAGAACAUCGUCUGCCGGGCCACCAACAAAGCCAUUCCCAGCGGGAAGGAGACAUCCGUCACCAUCGACAUACAGCACCCGCCUCUCGUCAACUUGUCCGUAGAGCCCCAGCCAGUGCUUGAGGACAACACGGUGAAGUUUCACUGCUCUGCCAAGGCUAACCCAGCGGCAACCCAGUACAGAUGGGCAAAAAAAGGUCAAGUUAUAAAGGAAGCAUCGGGUGAUUCCUAUGAGACCAUUGUGGACCACACCUUCUUCUUUGAGCCAGUAUCCUGUGAGGUGACCAAUGCUUUGGGCAGUACCAACAUCAGCAGGACGGUGGAUGUCUACUUUGGUCCCAGGAUGGCAACAGAACCGCAGUCCCUCCUUGUCGACCUGGGGUCAGAUGCAGUGUUCAGCUGUGCUUGGACUGGGAACCCAUCACUGACCAUCGUCUGGAUGAAGCGGGGCUCGGGCGUGGUCCUGAGCAACGAGAACACAUUAACAUUGAAAAGUGUCCGCCAGGAGGAUGCGGGGAAAUACGUCUGCCGAGCAGUGGUUCCGCGGGUGGGCGCCGGCGAACGGGAGGUGUCUCUGACUGUCAAUGGCCCUCCCAUCAUUUCCAGCACUCAGACGCAGCACGCCCUGCAUGGGGAGAAGGGACAGAUCAAGUGUUUCAUCCGCAGCACCCCUCCGCCAGACAGAAUCGCCUGGUCUUGGAAGGAGAACGUGCUGGAGUCUGGGACCUCAGGGCGCUACACGGUGGAGACGGUCAGCACAGAAGAAGGCGUCAUCUCGACGCUGACCAUCAGCAACAUUGUCCUAGCCGAUUUCCAGACCAUUUACAACUGUACUGCCUGGAACAGCUUCGGCUCAGACACUGAGAUCAUCCGGCUGAAAGAACAAGGUACGGAAAUGAAAUCAGGAGCUGGUAUGGAAGCAGAGUCAGUGCCGAUGGCGGUGAUCAUAGGCGUCGCUGUGGGGGCCGGCGUGGCAUUCCUGGUGCUGAUGGCCACCAUCGUAGCCUUCUGCUGCGCACGCUCGCAGAGAAAUCUGAAAGGCGUGGUUUCAGCCAAGAACGAUAUCCGCGUAGAGAUUGUACAUAAGGAGCCGGCCUCAGGCAGAGAGACGGAAGAACACCCGACGAUCAAGCAGCUCCUGAUGGACAGAGGAGAGUUCCAGCAGGAUUCUGUCCUCAAGCAGCUGGAGGUGCUCAAGGAGGAGGAGAAGGAGUUCCAGAACCUGAAGGACCCCACCAAUGGCUACUACAGCGUGAACACCUUCAAGGACCACCACUCCACCCCCACCAUCUCCCUCUCGGGCUGCCAGCCGGACCUGAGGCCCGCCAACAAGCAGCGAGUGCCCACGGGCAUGUCCUUCACCAACAUCUAUACCACCCUGAGCGGGCAGAACCGGCUCUACGACUACAGCCAGCGCUUCGUGCUGGGCAUGGGCAGCAGCUCCAUCGAGCUGUGCGAGCGGGAGUUCCAGCGGGGCUCCAUGAGCGACAGCAGCUCCUUCCUCGAUACGCAGUGCGACAGCAGCGUCAGCAGCAGCGGCAAGCAGGACGGCUACGUCCAGUUCGACAAGGCCAGCAAGGCCUCGGCCUCCUCCUCCCACCACUCACAGUCCUCGUCCCAGAACUCAGACCCCAGCCGGCCCCUGCAGAGGAGAAUGCAGACGCACGUGUGA